UUAAUCCGAAUUCUAAGCGUGCGUUCACUCAUACGACAGAAUCCUUCUCCCAGUAAUUGGACUACCGAUCGACAAACUUAAACAGUAACAUGUGCGCUGCUGCAGUCAGCACACUCGUCAAACAAUAUUGUACCUCACCAAUAACACGCGGAGUACGAGUAUCCUACGCUCUGGACCACCGUGCCAUUCAGAUCUGCAAGUACAGCUUUCAGCGAGAUUUUGGGCGUCUCUCGCUCCUCUCUCUCUUUAACCAAUGGGGAAAAAACCCAGUUGGGUUCCUACAGUGGUAACGCAGGUGUGUCUCUGCUUUUGUCUCUACCUUGCUUUUCAGCUGGGUCAGCCUUGGAGCUCUGUCCGCCAUGGCAGAAGUGAGACGAGGCCGCUGGAUAUUUACUUCAUCAGCGUCGGGGGAGGAUUCCGGCCUCCCACCCGACAGACCCAUCUUCUCAAACAGAUGGAGAAGGUGGCCAAGAAGUACAAGGCAGAGUUUGUGGUGGACAUUAGCAAUCUUGGGGAAGAUGAUCCGCUCAUGCAGAAUGGUACCCGGCAUUUCUCAUCACUGAAGGUUCCCUGGUACACCACCCGAGUUUCAGAAGGAAAAGGCAGAGGUUACUUCCAAAAGAUGAUUAAGUUACCUUGCGAGAAGACCUUGGAUGUCAUUGUGGUGGAUACUGGAUUAUUACUGUUGGAAACACUCAGUUACAUUGGCUGAGAAGGACACUGGAGACAACCGGUAGUAACUGGUAAAAUUAAUUAUUGUAUGGCCCUGCAGUUUGUGAUUAACCUCUUCUGUUCUUCACUUUCUGUUCUUACGUGCUAGUGAUAUUUCAGAAACACAACGAAGCUUGAAGAAAUUGCGAAUGUUCAUGAGUCAUAUUGUUUCUGUUUAGAAGUUACUGUAGUAUUGGCAAUGAAACUCUGACACUAAUUUUCCUUUCUGAUGCUUACAUGAACUGGAAUUGCUGCAGUAUCUCAGAUAUGGCACCAUCAAAUGGUAACUAAUAUUCCAGUCGCUAACUGGCUGUAUUUUCAUAUAGGCGCAUAGUCGUUGGAUUUCAUCCGCUGGCUACUUGUGAAGAUGUUGAGGAAAGAAUGGAAGCAAAGCAAGUUUUCGAUUCUCUACGAAGUACUUUACAAAAUUUGAAGUGAAUGCAUACCUAAGUGGGCAGGGUUGCGCUAGCAGCACCGGAUUAAGUAGUCUGAGCAACAUCAGGAACCCAGGCAAAAUGGCAGCACCCUCUGCCCGAUUGUGCAGGAAAUUGAAAGACGGGUUUCUUCUCCACAGAGUCAGCUCAUUAGAGAUUGAAACCUACAUUGUUACAUCAGCUGGAGAAGUUGUACAUAAAUCUGUACUCCAUCAGAGAGGAAAGGAGAUCAUGUAAAUUGUAACAUUCUUUUUGCAGAGACUUCAUAUUUUUUUGACAAUUUGAUUACAUCAUUCACUUUUGCUUUCACUUCUUUUCAAUGCUUAAUGUAAAACCAAAAGGCAAAAUUUUUGAGUUCCACCCAAGAAAAGGGAAACUUUUUGCAA